AUGAGCGGAUCCGUCAGUCCUACAGAAUCUGCAGAAACACCAACCUUCUGUCCUUCUCAUGAGGAACAAAGCGUCAUUUCUCGUGUACUCGCCAAACACCCGAGAUUGAUGCUUGUUCGUCAAACAACUCAACUUCGUGCUAUUAUGACGAUCAUAAGAAUCUUUUACGCUGAUCGUGCAAUCCGUCUCUUGAUAGAAGAAGCUCUUAAUGUGACUACACCAUUAGGUGUAUCCUAUGAGGGUUUAGCCUUUGGUAGUGGACUAUGUGGUGUAUCUAUUGUACGAGCUGGUGAAUCAAUGGAGAAUGCAUUAAGAGCUGUAUGUAGAGGUUGUACAAUAGGAAAAAUACUUAUACAAAGAGAUGAAAAUACUUCGGAACCUAUUUUAUAUUAUGCAAAAUUACCUCAAGAUGUGUCAUCACGUACUGUACUAUUAAUGGAUCCAAUGUGUGCAACAGGAGGAAGUGUAUGUCGUGCUGUUGAUCUAUUAAAACAAAAAGGAGUUAAAGAAAAUAAAAUUGUAUUUGCUACCUUAAUGGCUGCACCACCAGGAAUUGAUCGAGUACUUGACAAGUUUCCCGAUAUUCGUAUCGUUUGUGGAUCGAUUGAGGCCGGACUGAAUGACAGAAACUUCCUUGUCCCUGGUAUUGGUGACUUCGGAGACAGAUACUUCGGCACCGAAUAA